AUGAUCUUCUUGCAGCUGAUAACGAUCACAGCAUUCGGCAUAAUAGUGGUACUCGGCGCUGAUGAGCUUUUGCUUCUGCAAGUGGCCUGGAGGCAUGGCGAUCGAGCUCCAUUAGCAAUAUGUAAGGGUGAUACGACAAAGGAAAAGGAAUGGCCGCAAGGGCUCGGAGAACUGACCGCGCGCGGAAUGGAGCAACAUGUCAAGUUAGGAAAAAUUAUUCGUGAGCGUUACGUUGACAAACUGAAAUUUUUGGACGGGCACUACAACACUUCGCAGGUUUUUAAAUGA